AUGGCGUUAAAGGUCGAGUCUGUACUCAGUUCCUUUGGGAAUUCGUCGUCUAAAAUUCCGUUUUGGAACAUUGACUUACCUAAAAGUCCAUGGGAUGUAGAUGAUGACUUAGAAGACUUGGACGUAUUGUGCGAAUUGGUUAGAAAUCAAUACUUGAAACGUCUCCAUCAAACAUUGCUCAAUAAUUUAGAUGUUACUAGUGGUUACAAAAAAAAACCUCUUUACCAGAUUCAACAUUGUGUUGAUAUAUGUAUGGCUGAAUUGGAAAAGCAAGCCUUAAGACGAUGUAUGAUUGCUAGUAUUUAUCGCGAAGGCAUGACUAAUUUGAUAAAUAAAGUCAAGACGUGCACAAAAAAUUCAAUGCUAUAUGAUUUGCUUAAGCAGAUCAUUGAGUCAAAUAAUCAAAUACCAUCAUGUGAUAAAUUAUUUGAAGCUGAAAGUUUAACAGUAAAAUCAGUGGGUAUUGAUGUAAGUGUUAAUACCGAACAAAAAUGUAAUAAAAUAACAUCAACACAGACUGAAAUAUGGACAGAUCUUGACAAUAAUUUACCUAAUAAUUUUACUGUCAAUAAAAUUAAUACAGAUCUGGUAAAUCAAUCUAAUUUACCUUCUAGUUCCUACAAUGUAAAAUCUAAGAUCUCUGAAUCAAAUAAUAUCUUCAAUAAUUUAAAUUCUUUAUUAAAAUCAUCUUGUUCUUCAAAUUCGUCUCCUGAUGUUCAUAUGGAAGUAAAUUAUAAGUAUGAAUCUUCUGAAUUUGAAAAUAUACAAAGGAAAGACGAACAAGAAAAUUCCACACCAAAUGAUAUAGGAAGUAUCAAUGCAUUGCUAAGAGAUCUUCAAGAUUCUCCUGAAUACGAACAACAGUCUUCCACAUUGGAGGAACGUUUAAUUGCACUAGGGUUAGCAAUUGAAAAUAAUAAAUCAACAGAUAAUUUAACCGAAUUAACUAAUCCAAUUAGUCCUAGUAUAAUACGACCAAACAAAAUUAAUGAAAUACUUACGGACAAAUUUAAAAGUAAACGAGUAGCCAAAUCAUAUCAAUUACGAAAUAGUAUGAAUGAAUUGCCUCAAAGACUACAAAUAAGACUGAACCAACAAUUUAAAGACUUGUUUGGAAAUAGUCAUUUGUAUGAGUCUGAUCCAUUGUCUGAAGAAGAAGAACGUAUUAUAGCACAUAAAAGGAUUGUAAAAAUGGUUGUAGAAUUUAUGACUCCUUAUUACAAAGCACACCGUAUCAACAGACAUUUAUUUAAAAACCUUGCUAAAUUAAUCUCUAAGAAUCUUAUGGAUCGAUCAUAUGACCCAGAUGAAAACACGAUAGCCAGAGGAGUUAGUGAAUUUUUUGCUGGAAAUAGAUGCAUUAAGACAGUUGAAGAUAUCUAUAUCAAUAAUUGA